ACACAUCACAAUGCGCUUCCUAUUCGCUCUUGUCUUCGGCGUACUCCUGUGCCUUCUCCUGGCCCAGGAGGGCAGUAGUUCAAGCUCAAGCAGCACGGAUGCGACCACAACCACCACCGACGCCUCGACCACCACCACCACUGCCUCCUCCGCCACGACCACCACCACCGAUGCCUCAGCCACCACCACGACCACCAAAUCCUCAUCAUCCUCUUCCUCGGCGGCUGCCAGGAGGCGUGCCCGCCGUCGCCGUCUGGCCAGGGAGCGCCGUCGUCGCCAGGAGCGGAGGCAGCGUCAGGAGAAGAGGAGGCGCAGGAUGGAGAAGCUGCUCGUUAGGCAGCGCCGCUUGAUCAACCAACUUCGGGGAUAAGUGGGAACCGAUGAGCUUAUGAAUUUAUUUUAAAUACAAACACUGCAUUAACUAA